GAAAUCUCAGUGCAGGUUCUAUUUCAGUGGAAUGACCUUAAGGUAUAUGCCAUAGUAGUAGUUCUGGUUUGUUCCGGUUGUUUAAAUGCGGUGAUCGAUGCCUACAUAGUGAUCACUCUUCGGCCAAAACAAAGUCCGGGUUGUAAGGUGUUUGCCGGAAAAAGUGGUUAGACGGACUGUUGAUUGUAAACAUGGAAAUUGUUUCUCUAAAAUCAGCAAGCUAACUGAAAGAUGGCGCGUGAAAUUCUCUUAAAAUCCUGACCCCAGUUGUUCAAAGGGUUGAUAACACUAUCCACCGGAUAACUCAGCUUCUGCGACCUUCACCCCACCCCUCCCCCGUCAACUCUCUGGAGAUCCCCAGCCAAUAGAUGGGCCUGGAAACUAAUUUAUCGUGAGCAGCGCCCGGACUCUUGGCAGCUGCUCUCAACAAAUUACCCACCCUCGGCAAACUUUAUCGGCGACUAUAAUUCCUAAUUUGUGCUUAAACCAUUCGUUCAAAAGGCUAUUCGCCAGUAACAAUGUUUGUAAAAGGUACUUCGGUAGGCUUAAAAGCCAGUGCUUCGUCGCUGUGUAAUAAUCUCACGGUUUUAUCGUCGAAAGAGAAGCAGUCGGUCACAUAUGGCGUCGUGCACAAAGCAUUUGUUUGUAUCACCAACGUUACAAAGGGAGCUAUUGUGAAUCAGAGACAGGUCUCUUGUAAAGGAGAAGGAGCUCAUAGCAGUUCUGCCGUGUUACAGGCAAAAUGGUGUGAGCUUCCAGAGAGAACUGUUUUGGUCAUUACAUCUGUCAAGGGUGCACAGAUGUUUGAAACUGAUGGAUCUUUAAUGAUAUUUUGGCAAGCACUUGGUGAAUCAAAAGAGGGAGUCUAUUCGCAUUUUGCAAGAGGAAUUACUGCAGUUGGAGACAAGUACAUUUGUGUUGGUACAUCUGAAGGAGGUAUUAUGGUGUUUGAUAUUCCUCCACGUGGGACAGCUGUUAAGCUACAGGAGACACUGAAUUCACACAAGGUAGCGAUUUGUGAGCUCGAGGCUCAAGGUGGGCGAAUGUUGUCUUCAGAUGAGGAGGGGAACAUAACACUAUGGCAAUCAGGGGGACAUUUUACAGAGGUCAUAAAAAUAGAUGGGAAAGGUUUUCCCUGUUCAUCUCUGUGCUUUUAUAAAGACCUCAUAAUUGGUGGCUUUGCCACAGGCCACAUUAGGGUGUUCAGUGCUUCAUCUGGUGCAAUGUGUAUUGAGGCUUGUGCUCAUGCGCGGUGGAUUAGUGCAAUGGAUAUCUGUCUUGAGGCAGGGCUGCUGAUCUCUGCAUCUGAAGACUCUUUCGUCAGAGUUUGGAAACUUUCAGUCAAUGAGCAUCCUAUGAUGGAGAUGGUCUUUCAGCAAGCCAUUACAGAUGCUCAGCUGUGUGGAGCAAGAUUUGUUGACCUGUCAGGCAACUCAUUUGGUGUGACUGCCUAUGAUUUAGGAGAGAUAAUGAUCUUCUCCAAGCAACAGCAAGACCCCUAAUUUAUUCUAACUUGAAAACUUGAAAGUUGAACAUGCUUUUAGCUCAAAACAAGUUCACAAAUAUUUAACAAUACAGUCUACACAAAUUUUUGAAAAAGAUAGAACUUGAGGGUUUUGUUUUUUUGCCUGUUUGACAUAUAGCUCUUAGAUUUUAAAAAGGGGUUCAUUACCCUUAUGUGACUUAUAGCCGUAAGGUUGGAGUACUUUUGCUUGUUUAACACACUAGUUCUUCCUGCUAUGUUUUACUGUAAAAAAAAAAUGAUUCAGUGUCCAUGUAGGCUCGAUUACCAGCCACUGUUCAGGAGUGAAGCCUGCAUCCCCCG